CAUUGAAGUGUCAAACACUUCCUACAUGAUGUCCAGUAACUAUUGUACAUGGCUCUCUUUAUUGUCUUAAACAGCACAUAGAUGAAUAUAGCAGUAUGAGUUCUUAUUCUCUUCUUUUUGCUCUUUCUUGCUUUUGUGAAUGUUUCAUCCUGCCAUCUAUAGCACAAAGAGUUAAUGCCUGGAGCGAUGUGAUCAUGGUGGAAGAAGGCGCAGCCGUCACCCUGCACUGCUCUGAGGAACCCCCUGUAACCCCCAGGCAGGUCAAAUGGUUGAUGAUGCCAGGCAAGGGGAAACAGUGGACGAUGCUGUUUUCAGUGAACAUUAGCAGAGGAAAAGCGGAUGGGAGGCAAAUGCACCAUCAGGCAGGCAGAAUUCUGGAAAUAUCUGAUAAUGUUUUCUUGCGAUUUACUGCCACAGUGGAAAGUGGAGGACUCUACUCUUGCCUGCUGGAGAAGGAGGACAGGAAGUUCAAAGAGAGGAUUGUUCUUCUGGCUAUUAUUAAAUUGACCUUAGCUCCGGCUCCUGUCAUUCCCUUGGACAGUACUGCGAGGCUGAAAGCUGAAGUCUCUCCCCCCUUUGCCGUAGCGGGUGGGACGUGGCUCUCACACACCGGUUCCCCGUUACUCACUGACGUGUCCUUGGCAGGCACCCUGCUCACCAAACUGCCCCGUGUCACCCCAAGAGACAGCGGCACCUACACCUGCAACAUUAGUGUGGACGGCCAAAGCAGGAAACCUGUACACAGCUACACACUCACUGUGACGGUGUAUGAGAAACAAGUGGCAUGGUUCCCAAAUAUUACAUAUGGACCAUUGUGCAGUCUGGCAGCUCUGUCUCGGUCAGCUGUCACGCUCCCCUGCACCGACAUCAAUGGCGACUACGUCCUGCUCUACUGGUGGCGCCCAGAUUCACGACUCGCCCAACCAGAGCUGAUCUUCCAGUUUGACCGCUGGAGGGAUUCCAGGAAGCAGUCUAAUGUCCGCCUCCAGUUGCACAACCACUCAUCUGUGCCUGCUGGAAACUUUUCCUUCCUCCUGAGGCCGGAGUUGAAAGAUGCAGGCCGCUAUCAGUGUGAGGUCUUCAGGGAUGACCAAGUUUUUGCCCAGGUCACAGCACUGACUGUUUUAAAUGGCUAUACAAGCUUCUCGGGCUCUAUGGAGCUGAUCUGUGCAUAUGCUGAGCGUUCUCAGGUAGCUUCUGUAAAAUGGUCGCACAUCCAGAGGCCUGAACGCAGGUUGCCUUCAAGUUCAGUUCUGGGUCAGACGAUCAUCUCAAUAGGGUUCCCAAUAACCCCAGAUACAGCCGGCCAGUACGCCUGCACUCUUAAACUAAAAAACGGCCAAACAGUCAGAUAUCUGUACACAGCCAUGAUGACUCCUACAGAGCCACCUUACUGUGCGAGUGAGCUGCCUGAUGAAUUAACCACCAACUCUGCUGUCUCUCUGCUGCAGCCUACUGACGGUAACAGUACACCAGCGCCAUCCAUUCUUCUCCCAUCUCUCUCUCUUCUCCUCUUUUUGGUACCCGUGGUUGCUGUUGCUGCCGGAGUGUUGCUAUGGAGACGAGGACCUUGCACCUUCCCUCAGAAUGUGGAGCGUACUCUGUCUCACUACUCUGGAGAAGUAGAGAACAUCUAUGAAAAUCCUGAAGACCUGAGACAGUCACCUCCACAAAAUGCAGUGUAUAUGGAUCUGAAGCUCACAGGCGAGACGGAUGUUUAUAGGGAAUUAGACAGAUAUGACCAGUGUUGUGAUUAAAUUUGCACAGUUGGAUGAAUACAAGGUGCCAAUGAAAAUGUAUUUUUGUGCUGUCACGUAACCUUUUAUCACUGAAGACAUGUACAUAACGUUGCUAAUGGUGAUAACUGCAAACACUGAUAAAUCAUAAUAAAUCAUCAUUAUGGGUUUUGAAUUUGUAACCAGCUUUCUGUCUUUCCCAAGUAAUUAUAAUAAGACCACAAGUGUACAUUUCCCCCUUUUUGUAGUCAGGCUACUAUCACUGUAUAAUCUAGGUGAUGAAUUAUAACAGGUGUAUUUGCUGCCACUAACCAAACAAAGAGAAGCACAAAAUACUAUCUGGACCAAAAAAGUAAUAUGAAUACAUUUUUAACCCAAACCCCGAGAUAUUAAAGUUACAUUUUUUAAACCAAACCCCGAGAUAUUAAAGUUAUUUUCAAGAUAAACAUACUUACGGGAGAGCACUGUGAUGGUGGUGGUAGCAUGUCACAGCACCAGGGUCUUGAGUUCGAUCCUGAGCUCAGGUUACUGUCUGUGUGGAGUUUCACAUGUUCUCCCCGUGUCCUCGUGGUUUGUCCACCAGGUUUUCCGGUUUCCACCCACUGCCCGAGAACAGGAAGGUAGGCGGAUUGGCUACGCUAAAUUCCUCCCUAGGUGUAAAUGACUGUGUGAAUGUGUGUGCGCAUGGUGCUCUGUGACCAUGCCCAGGAUAAGAAGGUUACUGAAGAUGAAUGAAUGAACAUAACAAGACUAUUUACCUGCCCGGAAUCACCCGCUGUGACGAUUGUUUAUGCAAAUUUACAGUAUAUGCAAAACUUUGUAUACCCUUAGGACACAAUGAAGAAUGAAAUUUAAUUCAUAUCAACAAGACAUUUGGUGUGAUGGGCUUUACAGAUAUCCCUUCAUUGUCACAAGUAACAAACAUGGUAAAAUGGUGUAUGUUAUGAUAUUUAAUAUUAAUAAAAUAUAUAUGUUCAAUA